AUGGGAAGUGAAUUAGAUUACAAGACCUUCAAGCUAGGAGACUUCAAGCUCGUCUCCGGCGAGACCCUUCCAGAUGCUUUCAUCGCCUACAAGACUUUUGGUGAUGCCUCCUCUCCCGCCAUCAUCUACCCCUCGUGGUUCAGCGGCGCCAUCUCAGACAACGAAUGGCUUAUUGGCGAAGACAAAGCUCUCAAUCCCCGCAAAUACUUCAUUAUUGUCCCGGCUUUGUUCGGCAAUGGACAGUCCAGUAGUCCAUCCAACACUCACCGCGAGCCACUCAGACCGUUUCCCAACAUCACCGUAAAGGAUAAUGUUACGGCACAGUAUCGCCUCGUAACCGAGGAACUUGGCGUCAAACACGCUCGAAUGGUCCUGGGGUGGAGCAUGGGCGCCGGACAAACGUAUCAAUGGCUGACGCAGUAUCCCGACUUCAUGGAUCUGGGCGUGCCAUUUUGCGGGAGUGCGCGCACUUCACUGCAUAACCAGGUGUUUCUCGAAGGCGUCAAGAGUGCACUACUCGCCGCCAAGGGGGCAUCUUCCGCUGGUAGCGCGGCCGGUGAGUUAGCGCAGACGUAUCGGGCGUGGACUCAAGAAGAAAGGGUCACUGGAUUGAAGGCCUUUGGUCGUGGAUAUGCUGGCUGGGGAUUCAGUCAGGCGUUCUACCGGGAAAAGCUGUAUGAGACGGAGCUAGGAUACAAGAACCUUGAGGAUUUCAUGAUCAACUUUUGGGAGGAUUGGGCCCUGAAAAAAGACCCUGAGAAUCUUCUCACCAUGCUUCACACGUGGCAGGCUGCAGACAGCUCAGACCAGGAACCUUACAAUAAGAACUUUGAGCUAGCUAUGAAGAGCAUCAAAGCUAAAACGUUAGUUCUCCCAGGCAAGACGGACCUCUACUUCCCGCCGGAAGAUUCGGAGUAUGAGGUGCAGCAUAUGACAAAGGGAAUUGGAAAGUGUAUUCCAUUCCCAUCCGUCUGGGGCCACUGGGCCGGUGGUCCAGGUGAGAGCAAAGAGGACGUGAAGUGGCUGGAUAACCAUCUGAAGGCUCUCCUGGAAGAUGAAAAGUGGCAACUCGAUGCUAGCCAGUUGGAAUAG